GAUCCAAUUGAGGGGUUAUUGGUAACCCACAUUGAAUGUAGUCGCGUCUUCCGUUGGCGACUUAAUCAGCUUCUCGGUGAUACUCCUCAGUCAUGUCUUUAUCAUACAUAUAAUAACCUUGCUCGUGAACAUUUCAUUGAAUGCUUUCAUAUGCAUCGUCAACUCCAUAUGUCGUUCACCGUUGCUGCUGUGCUUUUCUUUUUCCUCAGUCAGCUUCCUUUGAAGGAGACAAAGCCUUUGUAA